CAAAACUAAUAACACGAAAACUCCGUCUCCCAUCCUCUUCUCCCCUCCUCUCCCCUCCCCUUGCCUUCCCCCGACCACUUCGGCUUCUCCAUCACUCCCUCUGGUACAGCCGCGCGCCUCCCACCUUCCGCCAAUCGUGCCUCCCCUUUUCACGCUGUUAACGUCAUUUCUGCAUCCGCUGCUCCUGUUUGCUUCUUCGCUCUUCUCCGCCGCUUCUUCUUCUCCUCGUCGCCGCUUCCGCUGGUCCAGUCCUUCUCCCGUCCGGUGGUGCUCCCCGCCGCUGGUUCUCGUCCUCAAUCACGGGGCUGCAGCGCCUCGUGGCGUCCUCCGUCACUGCAGUUCAGUGCUUAGUAAUGGCAAAAGGUCUGAUAUGGGCAACAGCAGAAGAUCUGGGAAGGAAUAGAGGACGGGUUAUUUCUCUUUAUCGCCAAAUUUUGCGCAGCCUCAACUCUCCAAGUUUGCCUCUUAAUUUAGCUGCUAGACUGGCUAAGAAGGCUGAAGUUCGUGCCAUCUUCAUGCUGGCUUCUGAGGAGAGAUCCCUCCACAAUAUCAAUGAUCUUAUCGACACUGGUGAAUAUGCUCUCUCUAUCCUGAGAAAAGGUGAAAUCCCCAACAACAUCCAAUGGUAAUUGGCUACCAAGCAUUUGAAUUCUGCAACUUCCCUUGAUGUAUUUAAAAGUUAACCAAGAAUCAUUUAGCAUUUUUUUCCCCUUUUUUUCUUGUUUUCUUGUUUUCAUAGAUAUGAAGUAGUAAUCAGAAAUCACAACGAAAAACUUCAGUAUUAUCUCUUAUUUCUUCCUUUUGUAAGCUUAUUCUGCUAGUCUUAUCACCCUUGUGUUGUGUAAUUAGAUAGCUACUCCCUAAUGGAUAUCUGCUGGCUAAUUGUUAUCUAGUGA